UUGAGGUUCUCAAAUGAUAAAUUUGAUAUUCCAGGAGAGUUUACUGAAUGUCCAAAGUCAUGCAGCGAGGCAGCACGGGACUUUCAUGAAGACAAAGAAGAUGAAAUUCACGUGUCACGAGCCAUUGUCGUUUGUGUGAAUGCGAACACCGGACGUGUGGUUCCAGAACGACUUUGCGCAGAUCGCAAACGGCCUCCUUUAAAAACGAAGCCGUGCCCCUUACUGGUCUGUCCAAGCAGGUAUUUUUAA